UCUUAUUUUUCAUAUAUCUUCCUCUUAUAAUGUAGACACAUUAUGUACUCUUGCUCUGUUCUUUUAAAGAACAACUGCAACAACAUGUUCGUGUGCAUGCAAUGGAAGCAGUAAUGGCUUGCUGGGAGAUUGAGCAAUCCCUACAAAGCUUAACAGGUGUUUCUCCUGGAGAAGGCACAGGGGCAACAAUGUCUGAUGAUGACGAUGACCAAGUAGACAGUGACACAAACUUGUUUGAUGGAAGUUUGGAGGGUGCUGACAUCUUGGGUUUUGGUCCUCUCGUCCCAACAGAGAGUGAAAGAUCCUUGAUGGAGCGUGUGAGGCAAGAGCUGAAGCAUGAACUGAAACAGGGUUACAAGGAGAAAAUCGUUGACAUUAGGGAGGAAAUCUUACGCAAGAGAAGGGCAGGAAAGCUCCCUGGUGAUACCACUUCUAUGUUGAAGGCUUGGUGGCAAUCACAUUCUAAGUGGCCGUACCCAACUGAGGAAGACAAGGCAAGAUUGGUCCAGGAAACAGGGUUGCAAUUGAAACAGAUAAAUAAUUGGUUCAUUAAUCAGAGGAAAAGGAAUUGGCACAGCAAUUCUUCCACUUCUACAGUCUUGAAGAGCAAGCGCAAAAGUAAUGCAGGUGACAACAGCGGUGAUCGUUUCAUGUGAGUGAAGGACAAAUUCGUAAUACAAUCAACAAUAUAUUUCUUCAUGCCUCCACUCCAGUGAUAAUCCAGAAUCAGUACAUGUAUCUACAUAACAAAAUAGGACAGUAUAGUGCUGCUUGUGAACAUUACAGCGUGCAAAUGAGAGAAUAGGUACACAGGUAUGUAUGCACAAAAGACUGCAGAUGGUAUACUGUAUGUGCUGUGAUAUCAUUAGGAAGUUCAAUUAUUAGAAUAUAUGACAAAACUGAGUUGGGUAGCAUCAUAUAUUGGCGGUUCAUGAUUUUGUUUACGUUUUACAUAUCUGUGAGUAAGAAUAGAGACGGGUUGUGGGUGUAUAGUGUAAUAAUCUCUUUCAUAGCAAUCAUAAAUUUUCUAGCAGUGUUUAGUAAUGUAGUCUCAAUAGUUGUUGCAUCUGUUGAAUGUAUUUAGUAGUUACAAUAUUUUUCUUCUUUCCCUUUUGGCAUAUUUUGACACUAUUAGAAGUCGUCAAGUGUCCUCUUAGUCCAAUUUUCCUUCAUUGUAACAGUUGUAUUUUUAGUUUGGGAAAAAAUUGAGGCAUCAUGUCUGA